AUGGGCAACUGGCUGGUCAACCACUGGUUCUCGGCCGCCGUCCUCGUGACCUGGCUGGGCAUCAACAUCUUCCUCUUCACCUACUACUUUCUGUUCUUUGACCAGGAUGCGCGGUAUUUCUACACCAGGGCCAUCCUCGGGUCUGCCUUGGCCUGGGCUCGAGGAUCAGCCAAGUGCCUCAACUUCAACAGCAUGCUAAUCCUGCUGCCCGUCUGCCGCAACCUCCUCUCCUUCCUCCGUGGGACCUGCUCGUGCUGCAGGAGGACACUGCGGAGGCAGCUGGACCACAAUCUCACCUUCCACAAGCUGGUGGCCUAUGCCCUGGUCCUAUUCACAGCUGUGCACACCAUCGCCCACCUCUUCAACCUGGAGCGCUACAACCAGAGCCAACAAGCCACCGACUGCAGCCUCCCCGCUGUCCUCUCCAAGAUGCACCAGAAGGGUAGCAACAAGUGGCUGAACCCCAUCCACUCUAACGAAACGACCGUCGAGUACGUGGCCUUCACCACCAUCCCAGGGCUGACAGGGGUGAUCAUCACGCUGGCACUCAUCCUCAUGGUCACAUCCUCCACCGAGUUCAUCCGCAGGAACUACUUCGAGGUCUUCUGGUACACACACCACCUCUUCCUCAUCUACUUCCUCUUCCUCAUCUACUUUGCUGGCCUUGUCAUCCACGGCAUCGCAGGGAUGGUACGUGGGCAGACGGAGAAGAGCAUGGCAGAGGUGCAUCCCCACCGCUGCGCCCAGUAUCUCACACAGAGGGACCAGAACUGCACCCAUGACUGCUGCAAAGACCCUGAGUUUGGGAGCAUCCCUGCUGAGUCCUGGAAGUGGGUUCUGGCCCCUAUCCUCCUCUAUUUCUUUGAGCGACUCCUGCGGGUCUGGCGUGCACAGCAGAAGGUUGUUGUUACCAAGGUGGUGAUGCACCCUGCCCGUGUGCUGGAGCUACAGAUGCAGAAGAAAGGUUUCCGCAUGGAGGUGGGGCAGUACAUCUUCGUCAACUGCUCUGCCAUCUCCCCACUGGAGUGGCACCCCUUCACCCUCACUUCUGCACCCGAGGAGGAUUUCUUCUCCAUCCACGUUCGGGUGGGUGGUGACUGGACGGAGCGUCUCAUCGACACCUUCCAGCAGCAGAACUUGAAGAUGCCCAGGAUUGAAGUGGAUGGUCCCUUUGGCACAGCCAGUGAAGAUGUGUUCCAGUAUGAGGUGGCCAUGCUGGUGGGAGCAGGCAUUGGUGUCACCCCCUUUGCCUCCAUCCUGAAGUCCAUCUGGUACAAGUUCCAGCAGGGUGACCAGACCCUCAAGACUAAGAAGAUCUACUUCUACUGGCUCUGCCGGGACACAGGAGCCUUCGCCUGGUUCAAUGACCUGCUUGCCUCGCUGGAGCAGAAGAUGGCUGAGUCAGGCAAGGCAGACUUCCUCACCUAUCGCCUCUUCCUCACUGGCUGGAACAACAGCAUUGCCAACAACGUGGCGCUCCACUUUGACACCUCUACGGACACAGUGACAGGCCUCAGGCACAAAACCAGCUUUGGGCGGCCCAUGUGGAACACAGAGUUCGCAGCGGUGGCUGCAGCCCACCCCAGGUCAGUGGUUGGUGUGUUCCUCUGUGGGCCAGAGGCCUUGGCGAAGAGCCUGAAGAAGUCUUGUCACCAGCACUCCAGCCUGGACCCCAGAAAGGUCAAAUUCUACUUCAACAAGGAGAACUUUUAA